ACCUCAAAAAUAAGUUAUCUGUAAAUAAACAUACAGUGCGUUAUUCUCUUUUUCCUAUUGUUUUAUACAGAAUUGUAUUAAAAAAUAUAUAAACACAUUUGAAAUGUCAGAAGAAAAUAGCAAUAAUGAGGAAUAUGCAUAUUUGGACCGAGGAGGCUUUUCAUCAGAGAAAUUCAAAAUAGAGUUACGCGACCUUCCAAAGUUCUAUGGGAUAGCGGAGUUAAAGAAGUUAAUGAAUCAGAAACUAGGAUUAAGUGUAAGCAAGAUUAAAAGACCGAAAGUUGGUAAUCACUGGCUGUAUGCGUGUUUUCAAAACGAUGAGGAGCGUAAUAAAGCUAUCGCAGCAUUAAAUGGAUAUCAGUGGAAAGGUAAAACGUUGAUAGCCGAAGCAGCUAAACCUGCACCUGAUCCACUAGUUAAAAGAAAACAAGAAGGCACAGAUAAUGUUAAAAGGCAGAAAACAAAUGAUGAUCAAGAAAAAAAAAGCCAAGAGGAAAGAUUACGGGAUGCUGUUACUCCAUACUGGAAUAUACCAUAUGAUGAACAGCUCAAACUCAAAGAAAAGGAUAUGAAGCGUAUACUAAUGAAGUUUGAUAAUGAAGUGUGGAAGAUAGAUAAACAGAAGCGCCGUAAAAUAGAGGCAAAUAGAAAGAUAUAUGACGGUUUAAGCUUUGAACUGAAGCCCAUACAGAAGUCACCAAUCACACAGGGGUAUAGGAAUAAAUGUGAGUUCACAGUGGGUAUGGAUGAAGAAACAAAGAAACCAACAGUUGGCUUUAGAUUGGGAUGUUACUGGGCUGGGUCGGUGGCUGUAGCGCCAGUGGAAAGUGUGAAUCACAUACCGGAUAACAUGAAAAAGAUUGCUGUUGUAUUUCAAGAGUUUGUAAGGCAAUCGAACCUAGCGCCAUAUAGUCCAGUAGAUUACACAGGACAUUGGAAAUGUCUUACUGUGCGGCAAUCAUCACACAAUAAUGACAUCAUGCUCAUCAUUGCUAUAGAUCCACAGGCAUUAUCUAAUGAAGAAUUAGACAAAUUAAAACAAGAAUUGAUUGAGUAUUUCCAAUUAGAAGAAUCAACAGCGUGUGGAGUUAAAUCAGUAUACAUACAUCUCAUAUCUAAAAGGAGGGUAGGAGAAGAAGUACCUAAACCAAUACAUCUGUUGGGUUCAACACACAUUACAGAUACAAUUCUAGGGCUACAGUUUAUGAUAUCUCCUGAGGCGUUUUUCCAGAUAAACACAGCAGGUGCUGAGAUUCUUUACCAGAGUGCAAUUGACAUGAGCCAAGUGAAUGACAAGUCGACAGUCAUAGAUGUCUGCUGUGGUACCGGCACAAUUGGAUUAUGUUUCGCUAAGCAUUGCGCUGAAGUAUUAGGCCUUGAGCUGAUUGAAAAAGCCGUCGAAGAUGCGAAAGCGAACGCAAAAUUAAACAAUAUAGAAAACUGCAACUUUUAUUCCGGUAAAGCUGAGUACACACUGCCGGCCGUGCUUGCGAGAGCUGCCGGGGAUGAUAUUAUAGCCAUUGUGGAUCCACCAAGAGCCGGGUUACACAUGACAGCAAUAACAACGCUGCGCAACAACAAGCGUGUCAAGCGGCUCAUAUACAUGUCGUGCAGCCCGGCGUCGGUCACCAAGAACUUUGUGGACCUCACAAGGGCCUCCUCGAAGACGUUACAUGGCGCGCCUUUCUCGCCUGUAUGUGCUCUGCCCGUGGAUAUGUUCCCGCAUACGAAGCAUGUAGAAUUGAUUGUGCUGUUUGAAAGGGAACAGGAACCUACAAGAGAUGUAGAAAAACCUGCAGAGAAAAUUGCUGAAGAAGAAACUGUGCAAGAAUCAAAAGAAGACGGUGCAAUUAUUGAAAAUAAUGUAAAUAAUGAAGAUGUGGAAUCGUGACAUGUAUAAAUGUUUAAUAAUAAAUAUGUUAUUUAAGUAA